GAAAGGAGGAGCCCAGAGCAGAGCAGAGGAGGGGCUGCUCCUCAUUCUCUCUCUCUUUUUCUCUCUCUGUCUCCUUCCCUCCUUCCUCCUCUCUCUCCUUGUGUGUCCGGCUCCAGAGUCCCCUCCUUCCUUCCUUCCUCCCUUCCUUCCAUCCACGCCUGCUUCCCUCUCGGUCUCUUUCUCUCUCUGCAAGGCGCGCUCUCUUCUUCUCUUUCUUCUUCUCCUUCUUUCUCUGUGUUUCCUUCUUCCCUCUUUCCUCUUCGUGGGCUGCCGCAGUGGCCCGGCCCUGCUUCCCUCGCCUCCUCCGGAGCCUGGCUGGGCGAGGAGGAAGAGGAAGAGGAAGAGGAAGAGGAAGGGGAAGAGGAAGAGGAAGAAGCGGCCAUGGCCGCCACCGAGAUCGCCCGGCAAGUGGGUGAAGGAUGCCGCACCGUUCCCCUUUCCGGCCACGUCGGGUUCGACAGCUUGCCGGACCAGCUGGUGAACAAAUCCGUCGGCCACGGCUUCUGCUUCAACAUCCUGUGUGUGGGGGAAACCGGUCUUGGGAAGUCGACGUUGAUGGACACGCUUUUCAACACCAAAUUCGAGGGCGAGCCGGCCUCCCACGCGCAGCCGGGCGUCCAGCUGAAGUCCAGCACCUACGACCUCCACGAAAGCAACGUCCACCUGAAACUGACCAUCGUGAGCACCAUGGGCUUCGGGGACCAGAUCAACAAGGAGGACAGCUACAAGCCCAUCGUGGAGUUCAUUGACGCCCAGUUCGAGUCCUACCUGCAGGAGGAGCUGAAGAUCAAGCGGGUCUUGCAUAACUACCACGACUCCCGCAUCCACGCCUGCCUGUACUUCAUUGCGCCCACGGGACACUCCCUGAAGUCCCUGGAUCUGGUCACAAUGAAGAAGCUUGACAGCAAGGUCAAUAUCAUCCCCAUCAUUGCCAAGUCGGACGCCAUUUCCAAGAGCGAACUGACGAAGUUCAAGAUCAAGAUCACGAGCGAGCUGGUCAGCAACGGGGUCCAGAUCUAUCAGUUCCCGACGGACGACGAGUCCGUGGCCGAAAUCAACGGGACCAUGAACGCCCAUUUACCUUUUGCCGUGAUCGGGAGCACCGAGGAAAUUAAGAUCGGGAACAAGAUGAUGAAGGCUCGGCAAUAUCCCUGGGGAAUCGUGCAAGUGGAAAACGAGGCGCACUGUGACUUUGUGAAGCUCAGGGAGAUGCUGAUCCGCGUCAACAUGGAGGACCUUCGCGAGCAGACGCACACGCGACACUACGAGUUGUACCGGCGGUGCAAACUGGAGGAGAUGGGCUUUAAGGACACCGACCCGGACAGCAAGCCUUUCAGUUUACAAGAAACCUACGAGGCCAAAAGGAACGAAUUCCUGGGCGAACUUCAGAAAAAGGAAGAGGAGAUGCGGCAGAUGUUUGUCCAGAGAGUCAAGGAGAAGGAAGGGGAGCUGAAGGAAGCCGAGAAAGAGUUGCACGAGAAGUUUGAUAAGCUGAAGAAGCUGCACCAGGACGAGAAGAAGAAGCUGGAGGACAAGAAGAAGUCCCUGGACGACGAGGUCAACGCCUUCAAGCAGAGGAAGACGGCGGCCGAACUGCUCCAGUCUCAGGCCCAGCAGGCGGGAGGCUCGCAAACCCUGAAGAGGGACAAGGAGAGGAAAAAUUAAAGCCCUGCUGUUUGCUGCAUGGUGCAUGCGGGCACAGUGUGCGGCAACCCAUGGCUGUGUACUGACUAAAUUGGACCUUCUCUUAGUACGCUUCCAGCCAUGAUGCUUCUGAGAUAAUACAUUACAAUGACUAUAUAUAUAUAUGUGAAAUUAUUGUAUAGUGGUGCCUAUGUUUGCCAUGGAUAAAGAACAGUAUGGAUGCUGUGAAGAUGUUUAGGAUGCCGACAAAUGGGUUGCUCGCCUGCAAAACAACUAACCUUUUCUUUUUUGGAGCGGAGAGAUAAAAUGCUGCAGUUGUUUGCUUUUUUGGGGAGAAAUUUGGAAAAUAAAUCCAAUCCAAGGUGAUUAAACCCAGCACAGGUUCAUAGAAUAUUCUAUGAUUCUAGGACGCUUCUUGUUGGUCAAAAGAUUUGCCAUCUGGAAUAUCUUGCAAUGUUUCCCCUGGUCCAAGUGGCUCUCUUGGGCACCUAAUUUUGUACGAUAUUUUUGGGAACUGUGUCUUAUUUUUGUCCAUGCCUAUUGCAAAAUAACAUAACGCAAUAUAUUGUAUAUAUCCCACCUUUGUUACGACAAUCCUGCAGGUCAUUUUGUCCGAGUCUACAUGGCCAUAUGCGGUCUGGAACUGCACUAUAUGGCAAGUGUAGACGGUAUAAAAGUUAGUUAAACUGCAUUAUAUUGUUCGGCACAAUUUGUGCCCUCCAGGUCUUUUGGACUUCAGCUCCCACAAUUCCUGAUCUAUCUGCUUAUAUACGCAAUGGUUCGGAUAGUUACUGUAUAUACUCGAAUAUAAGCCGAGAUAACUAAUUUUACCAUUAAAAAAACUAGGAAAACUUAUUGACUCGAGUAUAAGCCGAGGGUGGGAAAUGCAGCAGCAGCUAAUGGUAAAUUUCAAAAUAAAAAUAGAUACCAAUAAAAUUACAUCUAUCUCUAUAUAUCUAUAUAUGUGUGUAUGCAUUUCCCCUGUAGUAUUUCCAAGCCCUAUAUAUCUAUAUUCAUAUAUAUCUAGCUAGACAUCUCUCUAUAUAUAAUUAUAUCUGCAUAGGAUUUGCAAAGACUUACAAACAUGUGAGGCAAAAAAUCAUAUAUAAAAUAAUGUAUACACCUAGAUACAGAUAUACAGGUACAUUGAAAUCUCUAGAUAGCUAUAUGUUUAUAGGAUUUGCAAAGACUUGCAAACAUAUGAGGGGGAAAUUCAUAUAUAAAAUAAUGUAUACACCUAGAUGCAGAUAUAUAGGUAUAUGGAAAUCUCUAGAUAUCUAUAUGUUUAAAGACUUGCAAACAUAUGAGGUGAAAAUUCAUAUAUAAAAUAAUGUAUACACCUAGAUGCAGAUAUACAGGUACAUGGAAAUCUCUAGAUAUCUAUAUGUUUAUAGGAGUUGCAAAGACUUGCAAGCAUAUGAGGGGAAAUUUCAUAUAUAAAAUUAAUAUAUAGUGAUACAAAUAUUUAGGUACAUAGGGAUUGCAAAGGCUUGCAAGGGGAAGUGCCUACAUAUCUGUAGCAGAGAUUUAACAAAUAUUUCAGGGGGAAAUGCUUUCAUAAGAUUAAUACAUUCUUCCUGACUUGCAAGGGCUUAUUUUCCUUUUCAAAACAUUUCCUUGGUUAAGAGCGAGAGAGGCUUUGGAAAUAGAUACCAAUAAAAUUACAUCUAUCUCUAUAUAUCUAUAUAUGUGUGUGUGCAUUUCCCCUGUAGUAUUUCCAAGCCCUAUAUAUCUAUAUCCAUAUAUAUCUAGCUAGACAUCUCUCUCUAUAAAAUUAUAUCUGCAUAGGACUUGCAAACAUGUGAGGCAAAAAAUCAUAUAUAAAAUAAUGUAUACACACAGAUGCAGAUAUACAGGUACAUGGAUAUAUAUGAAUAUAGAUAUAUAGGGCUUGGAAAUACUGAUAAGGGAGGAGAGAAAUAUAUCACGUAUUGCAAGCAAUGGCCUCGGCUUAUCUUCGAGUAUGUAUGGUAUCUGUCUUGGGAAAUGGCUGGAGGGAUCUACAGAUAACCAAGCCAGGCAUCUUCCAGGAUCAAAAGAGAAUAGGAUUUCCUUCCAAACAAAUCAAUUCUUUGCAUUUUCCUCCAUGCCUUCUCCGUCGUAUGCUCUGAGUGUCUGCACUAAUCUGGAAAACAACCAAUCCAAGGAACUGUGUGUGUUGUCAAUGUGCUUUUGCAAGUCUCGUUAUUCUACGACAAUGUGCUUGACAUUCAAAGGCUUAUCGUGUGUGGUUUUCUCCAGGCAAACAAGCCCGGAUCGGCGCAUCAUUCUCUCAACUCAUUGUAGGAUUAGUGAGAUUUGACACAUUCAUCCUGAGAUGUGCAGCUUUGGGCACUCUCCGGCCCCUUCUACACUGCCAUAUAAUCCAGAUUUUCCACUUUGAACUGGAUUAUAUUAUAGUAUAAACUGAGGCUGGAUCUACACUGCCAUAUAACCCAAAAUAUCAUCUUUGAACCGGAUUAUAUUGUAGUGUAGACUCUGACUGGGUGUACACUGCCAUAUAAUCUAGAAUAUCAUCUUUGAACCGGAUUAUAUUGUAGUGUAGACUCUGACUGGGUGUACACUGCCAUAUAAUCUAGAAUAUCAACUUUGAACCGGAUUAUAUUGUAGUGUAGACAGACUGGAUCUACACUGCCAUAUAACACAGAAUAUCAUCUGUGAACCGGAGUAUAUUGUAGUGUAGACUGGAUGUACACUGCCAUAUAAUCCAGAAUAUCUGCUUUAUACUGGAUUGUAUUGUAGUGCAGACUCAGACUGGAUCUACACUGCCAUAUAAUCUGGAUUAUCUGCUUUGAACUGGACUAUAUUGUAAUGUAGACUCAGGCCCCUUCAAUGCUGCCUUUUGAAUCCAGAUUAUCUGCUUUGAACUGGAUUAUAUUGUAGUAUAGACUCAGGCUGGAUCUACACUGCCAUAUAAUCCAGAUUAUCUGCUUUAUACUGGAUUGUAGUGUAGACUCAGAAUGAGUGUAAACUGCCAAAUAAUCCAGAAUAUCUGCUUUGAACCAGAUUAUAUUGUAGUGUAGACUCGGGCCGGAUGUACACUUCCAUAUAAUCUGGAUUAUCUGCUUUGAACCGGAUUAUAUUGUAGUGUAGACCCGGGCCGGAUGUACACUUCCAUAUAAUCCAGAUUAUCGAAUCAGACAAUCCAGACUCUCUGCUUUGAACUGGAUUACGUGAGUCUACACUGCCCUAUAAUCCAGUUCAGAGCAGAUAAUCUGGAGUGUAUAAGAGUGUAUAUAAGGAACCUUAUAUAAUCCAGUUCACAGCAAAUAAUCUGGAUUUGAUGUGACUGUGUAGAAAGGGCCGUUCAGAGGAGAUAAUCUGGAUUUGAUAUGACAGUGUCGAAGGGGCCUCUCAUAAUCCAGUUCAAAUCUGGAUUGUAUGGCAGUGUAGAUCCAUUUUGGAACUAAAGUGGUGUCAAAACUGCAUUAAUUCUACCAAGUAGACGCCCCUUUCGCUCACGCCUUGGGAGCUUGUUUCCUGCUUAUUUCGCCCUCUCCCUUUGCAUUGAAUGUCCCAUCGUCCCCUUUUGCUCUGCUUUCUAAUUGUUUCUCUCUCUCUUUCUCACUCUCUCUCCUUUUCUUCUUCUUUCUUUCUUUCUUUCUUUCUUUAGCUUUUUCUAAUCUGUCUCGGCCUGCCUGCCUGCGCCUGCUGCAAUGUCAGAGGGAGAAGAUUUGCCACUUGAGGAA